AUGGCCCCUCCAAACGCAGAUCCCUACGCGCCCCUCCCUCCCUACAAGAUCGAGUGCGGACCAUUGUCGACGGAGGAAAUACAUCAACCCGGCAAGGCCUUCCAGUAUCAGGCAUGUUUGGCGAUCUUCCUUCGGAUGAGGGAGGCAUGGAUACUAUACUGUAGCACCCGAAACCAGAUGCCAGGACCUGCAUUCGACCAGACGAUCCAUCAGCACUUGAUGCCGCCCGAUGCCUCUGCAGGACCAGUCUCAGGAGACAUCACAGCCACAACUCCGAACGCUUUGACGAAAGCUAGGCGGGCUUUCCUCAACGUAUAUCUCAAAUCUUCAGCCAAACCCAUCGCAUUCUAUCUGGUCGUCCCAGGAUACGAAGGGUUCGAAUUGGAGCUUCCAUCUGAUCAGAGCAUGCUAGCUGGCAUGUUUGUCAAGUUUGAGCUCGCAUACAUGCUCGCGUCCUUCGAACGACGCCCAGGCUGGCCAGAGGUAAGCGCUCUCGAGCUUUGGUAG